AUGCGGUGCGACAGAUGCCGCCGCUGGUUGCGGCGGCUCUGGGCGGUGCGGCAAGUGAUCCAGGUGCGGGCAAUGGUGUCGAACUCGGCUGCGUCGCUCUCGGGCCGACUCGCGAGGCAGAAGGUGGUAUGCACCAUCGCCGCUUCGCAUGCCGUCACGGGGGCGAUGAUGGUGAGUUUCUUCUACAAAAGGCACGCGGUCUCGCAGACCCUGAACUUGGACUACAUCUUUCUCGUUUUCCUUGCUGUGGUGCGGUCUGGGUCCGGCGUCCAGGGAUUCUACGCGGCAUUCACGAGAGGGGUGCAGCUGACGAAGAUAUAUUUCGGCAUGUGCUUGCUGUCCGUGCCGAUCGUUGUCCUGAUGUUCUUUCCCGUGUGGCUGGUGGAGUGCAGGUGCACCGACUUCGUCCAGUGCGCGGCCCUGAACAACUUCGCUCAGAGCAGGAACGACAGGUGGCUGAACCCAUGGGGGAGGCCAGAGAGCUGGCCCCCGGCCAGCGCCACGCGGGCCCCCACCGAGGCCCCGGUGCCGGCUCCGGCCGAGUCCCACCAGGGGAACCCCGAGUGUUGGGUGGACGGCUACAGCUUCGACAGGUGCUGCGAUGCGAAGCUGGGGGUCGGUGGGAGCGCGGAGUGCUGGGAGGGCGUGUACAGUUACGAGCGCUGCUGCUUUCCGCCGGAGGCCCCGCGGGAGCACGAGCCCGCGGCGGCCGGGACGGUGGGGCUCCAGCGGAGGCUAGGCGGUGGCGAGGACGCUGACGGCUUUCUCACCGUGAUCGUUGACGAGUGCGCGCUCGGCGUGGAGUACGAGAAGGCAGAGAACGUCUUCGAUUACUUCACCGUCACAGGCACUGGCAUUGGCUGGAGGUCGCGGUGGUUCCAGGACGAGCAGCCACUGUCCUGCCGCUCGAUCAGAGCCACCGCCUCGAAGGAGGAGGGGGCCCGCUUCCUCCGUGAGAUGGAGAUGCUCGAGCAUCAGGAUAUCAGCACCGUCUUCCUGCGGAAGUCCCAGCUGGUGGAGACCCUCUGGAGGCAGAUGUGGAGAUGCGUGUUCACUUACUACUGCAUGGUCCUGAGGUUCCAGGUGGCGCGCGUCCCGGGAGGCGCCGAGGGGGACUGGGAGGUCAUAGGUUGCAUGGUCCGUGGGCAGGCUUGGCCCGUGAAGGAGGAGGAGGGUAUGGAGGUGGGCGGCGACGACGAUCCUGAUAUGCGGCGCACGCUGUGGCUCCAGAAAGACCCAUUCCGCGCCUGGCGGGUGAGGGACCAGGGGACCAGGGAGUGGUGCGUAGCGGGCAUACUCAUCUUCCAGGUCUUGUUGGUCUUCUGCGGCGUCAUGGAUCUGCUGCAGGCAUGGAUCGUCUUCAAUUUCCUGGAAAACCGCUGCGGGGACAGCAUGGCGGACGAGAACCAGUUCGACGUCAGCGACGGCUCGGGCUCUGACGGCGAGGACGCCGUCUCCGCUUCUGACCCCAGCAGGCAACGGCGGAGAAGUACGAGGCGAGGCGAAAGGCCGAAGCCAACCGCAGCUCUGGGCGCCGAGCAGAAGAGCGUGGAGCUGUCAGCGAUGCCUCACCAGUGA